GCACCGCCGAGCCCUGAGGGGCCGCCGAGCCCGCGCUUCCCGCCCCGCGGGCGCAGCGCCGGAGCCUUUUCCCCGGAACACCCCCCGGGCUCGCAACGGCCGCGCCCGGCAACCGCGCUGCGGGCCCGGGCCCGGCGGGGCGGAGGAUGAAGCAGGCGCUGGUGGACGAUACCGAGGAUGUGUCCCUCGACCUGGGGAGCGAGGAGGAGCUGGCGCUGCGGAAAGCAAAGAUCAGGCACCCACUGGCCACCUUUUUCCACCUGUUUUUCCGAGUGAGUGCUAUUGUUACCUACUUGUUCUGUGACUGGUUCAGCAACAGCUUUGUUGCCUGUUUUGUCACUAUUCUCCUCCUUCUAUCCUUUGACUUUUGGUCAGUUAAGAACGUGACAGGAAGACUCUUGGUUGGUUUGCGUUGGUGGAACCAGAUUGAUGAAGAUGGAAAAAGUCACUGGAUGUUUGAAGCAAAAAGGGUACCUACAAUAGUCACCUCAACUGAAGCUGAAGCUCGAAUAUUUUGGCUUGGCCUCAUUAUCUGUCCAAUUAUUUGGACAGUGUUUUUCUUCAGCACCUUGUUCUCCUUGAAGCUGAAAUGGCUGGCUCUUGUGAUAGCUGGGAUCUCCCUUCAGACUGCUAAUUUGUACGGCUACAUCCACUGCAAAUUAGGGGGACAAAAAAGCCUCAGCAGACUAACAUCAAGGCUUUUUGUCACAGCAGAUGUUCCCAAGAGACAGACCAGGAGAAUUUCAGAUGACUCCACUGAAGAACACGGGAAGACAGGCACUAGAUAAUCAAAUAAGGAAGAACUAAAAGGAUGAGCAGUAAAAAUACUCACUUACAAAAUCUCUUAAUAUAUUUAAGUAAAAGCCACUCUGGAAUUAUGCCUGCAUGAAAUAAGGAUUUUAUGUUCUCUGCGUUUGAGUAUUUAGAUUCCUAAAGGUUCAGAGCCUUUGUUACUCCAAAGUUUUAUCAAAAAGCAGUUUGUAUUGGGACAAUAACAAUGCUUAUGGUUUAUACAAAGCAAACUUCUACAAGAAAAAUCUGACAGCUAACCUGAAACUAUUGGAUUAUCUUAACCAAGAAUUAGAAUGUAAUCAAAAGAUAAUGCUCAUUUGUGUUACUCUGGAAAACAAUAAACAAAAUCAAACUGUC